CAGGUACAAUUCGGAGAGCAGCAGAUAAAAAUAUUCCGAAGAAGAAAGUAUCUAAUAGUUCAAGUAAUAGAACAAGAAAAUGCAAGCCAACCAAGUUGCACAAAAGCACAGUCAAACUAGGUAAAAUAAUUCAGAUGGUCAAGAGAUCUGUAACUGAUGGGGAUCAGUCGAUUGAUAUUGAGAAGCUUAGUAAAGAGAUCGAGCAGAUUAAUAACAUGCACCAAGCAGAUAUACCUGGGCUAAGUUGUAAAAUAGACGAAAAAGAGACAUUGUAUAAGUGG